AUGCCAUGGUACAACAAUUACUUCAACAACCCACCAGGCAGGCUCUUGGUUAUUCUUGUCACUCUAACAGUCGGCUGGCCCUCGUAUUUGGCUUUCAACAUUUCGGGCCAGGAAUACGACCGGUUUACAUGCCACUACGAUCUCAACGGCCCUAUAUUUUCCAACCGGGAGAGGCUUCAAGUACACAUUUCUGACCUCGGGAUCAUGUCUGCUAUUUAUGUGCUCUAUAAAAUUGUCAUGGCCAAAGGACAUCCUUCGCUGCCGCACUACGGCGAGUCGGAAUGGGAUUGGCUGAGAGGGGCUUUGGUGACUGUGGACAGAGACUAUGGGGUGCUUAACAAGGCUCUGUGGAGGGAGGCUAGAGAGUGCCUUUUUGUUGAACUUGAUGAGGAUGGUGCUCAAAACGGUGUGUUUUGGUACCGGAACAAGCUCUGA